AAAGUUCCAAUAUUCCCUCCUCGUGAAGAGAUUUUCUCCGCAUUCAACCUCACGCCUUUGAAUAAGAUUCGUGUUGUUAUCAUUGGACAGGACCCUUAUCAUGGGGUUGGGCAGGCUCACGGCUUAUCAUUCUCUGUGAAAAAGGGAGUUCGACCUCCUCCGUCGCUCAAAAAUAUCUAUAAGACAGCACAUCCCUCUCCUCUGAGUGCAAGCAAGUGGUUCGGCUGCAAAUGCUUUUCAAAGACGAAUGCUGAACUGUCUCGCAUGGGGCGACCUCCCAUUGACUGGAAGUCCCUUUGA